CUCAGUGUGGAGAGGAUGGGCCGUGGACUGAAUCGCACUGAAGAAGUGCAUUCGCUCCCUCUGGUGCUGAGGCUGCUUUGCGUAACUCAGACCAGCAACCCGCCUUCCCCCCGCUGCAGCAAGAUGGACGGAGUACACUUCAAGCUGCUCUACCACGGUAAGGUGGAAACGGCUCUGCUCCUCUCCUCUCCUCUCCUCAGCUCAUCAUUCAGUGUACACAAUAACGAUGACAAACACAACUUCUUUAACACCGAACAAAGUCAUUUUAUCUGAGUAAGCACACGCUGCAUUCACCUGUAUUCCCACCGGAGUGGAAAUCUUGCGUCUCUUCAGUCGUGAACAUAGAAGCUCCGACUGCUUGAUGAUGAAAUAUACUAAACCUUUACCUUUAGCGUCUUGAUGUUGAAAUCCCAUCAUCCCUCUGUGACUCAUUAUUGCCGUACUUGGAUCUGGACCGUGUGCGUGCAUUAGUGGAGCCUUAUCCCUUUUCCAGCUUGUCAAUUGUUGACAUUAAUUAAUUCAGUCUUUACCAUCCAGAGUACGACAUGAGUUAGGCACAUCACGCCAUAUACGUAUAGACUGCAAAUUGUGGAUCGAGCCACAAAAACAAUAUUGUACUAUGAAAUACUUGGAAAAUAUUUGUGUAGUGACUCUUUUUUUCCCCACCACAGUGAGGGGGCGGCCCAGCGGGGGGCGCCAUGUUGGCCACAAGUGUCUAUGUUGUAACAUGGUAUAUUAAACAAUCUUUAUAGAAAAAUAGCCACUGAAAACUUUUUAAAAUAAAUAUAGAAAAAGUUGAAUAUAAUGUUGAAUGCUACACUCAAGCUAGCCGGGUUAGCGCCGUUAGCACUUCCGUCUCACGUUCCUCAUGACGACAGACGGUAAACAUGAUUGAUGCCGUCUUUAUCCAGCAACCUUUAUACCGUGUUUUUCACGGGUUCACUCUCAUUAUGCAGCCUCUCCACCUCCUGAAUGUAAACAGUUGAGCAAGCGGCACGCUACAAACGUAACAGGAUGAACAUCGCAUUGCUUAAGGGGUCGGUGUGGCACAAAAACAAUAAGGAAGUAAUAAAUAAAGUACUAUUAAACACUAAAAACACCACAGGAUACUCGGAGCUGCUACAUCAAAUCGAAAUCGAUAUGCUUAUUUUUGAUAUCGUGCUUAAAAGAAAUAUUGCCCAGCCCUAAAUGAUGCAGUCAUCUAAAUUUGCAUAAUCGUUUCUAUGGCGACCAGUCAAGGGUGUACCCCGACACUCCCCUGAAGACAGCUGGGGCAGUGGAAAACAUGGACGGCUUCUUUUUGUUGUUGUUUUUUUAAUGUCACAAACAAGAUGGAGUCUUCUGCGAAUGUUUAGAGAUGCGGUGAAGGGACACUUUCAUUUUUACAUGCUAAUGUCUUAAGUUUGGCACCACAAAAUGUCGUAGAUCAUAACCGCCAGGCCUGAUUUUCCCAACGUGUGUGUGUGUGUGUGUGUGUGUGAGUGAGUAAUAUUACAGGCAGGCUGAGCCCAUCCAACACGGAGAGUCUGCUGCCCGCCCUCGGCUACCUGUACUGCUGCCUGAGCCUCUCUCCUCCAGACUGCAACGACAGAGCUGUCUCCAUGCUGCUCUCUAACUGUGGACUGAUGGAGCAGCUUCAGACGGUUCUGUCCCCCCCGCCCCACGCCGGGCCGCGUGUCUCCUCUUCAGCUGCUCCUUCCUCCUCCUUGCUGUGUGUCAGUCAUCUUCUCUCGUCCUCGCUCAUCACUUUGCAGCAUUUGCACGGCACUCAGGUUCACAAAAGCCUCAGCUGGAGCCUGGACGCAACUGUGCAGCGAAUCCUUCUUCAGAAAAGGAACACAGACAAUCUCUUGCUCGUCAGUUACCUGAGAUUGCUGGAGGCCUUACUCAACGUUGACCUCACCUCGGCAGUGAUGAGCGUGACCAGCGGUCCUGGCUUGGUUGGACCAACAACACCCUUGGAGGUUGAAGACGGGGAAUUGUUCCCGCUCGGCUCCAGAGGGGCUCAGUGCCUCUCCAUCGCUCUCAGUGGACUUAUUUUACAGAAGCAUGAACUACUACUGAGAGCCUCAGUCAACUGCCUGAGUGCCUUGCUUGGCUUCCUGCAGAGGAAGAGUCCCAAGACAGCCACGUAUGUAGUUUGUCAACCGUGGAGUCGAUUCCUCCUCUUCUGCCUGCACAGCUCGGGAGAGAACUGCCUGCUGCACCCCGCCAUUCUCAGAGUUAUCACACUUCUGGUGCGGCACGGCAACAUGGCGGUGCUGUGGGAGCCUGACCUGCUCCAGGUGAUGGAUGCGGUAGAGAGGAAAGGGGUAAAGACUCUCAGCCAGGAAGCAUCACAAGCCCUCAGGCUACUUCUCAUACAGAUCCAAAGUGCCGUCUUGCAGCCUCCGCCCACAGAGGAACACAAGCAGCGAGUGAGGCGUGUGAUGGAGUCCCUGGUCUCGGCGCCCCCCACGGAGAGCCUCGCUUUGCCCAGCAACAUCCUACGUGUUCCUGGCGUGUCCAUAUGUCUGUCUGACUUUGCCGUGAUCAUAGACUGACGGAAAGUAUUCAGUCGAAUACUCGAAUGUUCUUUAUGUUCCACAAAGCAGUGUUUACCAAGAGGUGGAAACAACAACACUUUUUGUUCACUGAAAGCAUCGUUUCGACACCUCGUUCCAUCCAUCACUUUGUAUCAACAGUAGAUUUAUUACUUCGAACAUUUAAAAAAGAUUUUUUUUUUUUUUACUAAACUAUUACUUCCAUUUGUAAGACAGCCAAGACCUUCUACGUCCUAUCAGGCUUCAAGGAUAUGAAAUGUUUUGUGUGGUUUAGAUAUUUGGAUUCUACCUCAGAUAAUAACUGUUUUACAUUUCGGAGUUUCCAAGGUCAAAUCCAUUACUUGUGCAUGCAUUAAUUACAUUAUAGUCAUUUUUUUCACAUUCUGCUAAAUUAAAUGGAUGCUUUCUUACCGUCACAAGGAAUGUGACUUUACAAAAGAACACAUCGCUUAAAUGGAUGCAUCAUGGCUGAGGUUACUGCGCACGACCUUCACUUUGUAACCAGGCAGCGGUUCGCCACACGAUGCGGGCCUGUUUAAUUAUGUUGACACGUGCGACGAAUGUCGGGGGAGCCAAUACUCUCAUGUGGAAAACAAAAUAGCCAUUUAAAUGUAUCUUGAGCCCGACUUCUGCUUCUCAUGCAGCUCUGAUUGUGCUAUGUGAGUGUGUGCCCUCGGAUGCUUAGACUUACAAUAUUAAUAUUAAUAUCUAACAUAUGAUAUUGUAGAAAAGUAAUAAGCUUGUUAGCCACUUCAGAGUGCAGGUUGGAAUUCAUAGAACCACAUCUCCCCCCAUGCCGGCAGCACUCAUGCACACCCAGACAUUGACACUACCGCCAACACGCUUGACUCAUUACUGUAUAUAUUUAACAAAUGACAAUAGUUUCAGUGGACAAUAUAUCUAUACUGCAAUACAAGCUGUACAACUACUACUCUAAAGUGUAUUCAAAUAUCAAUGCCAUAGCAAUGUCUCUUAAGAUAAUACAAUAGUUUGGGACAUGAAUGUUAAAAAUAUUGGGCGACAUCUUGAUUUUAAAUUGGACAUUCCAACGUAUUAAGUUACCAAUACAGUUGACUAUACACAUUAGCAAAUUACAAACGAUAAACUGUAAAAAAAAAACUGUAACUUAACAUAAAAAAAUAAUUACUUCCUCAAAUAGCUGCGCAUCUUUUUUUUUCAUUAGCGGAAACGGAACGUACCCCCGGUUAGUGUCUCCCUCUAAACGCUCCGUGUGGAAACCACCCCCCCUCGAGCCGAGCGGCCGCUCGCUGUCAUUCGUCGGAGGGAAGGGAAGCCUACCGGUGCCAUCGUGGUCGUGGCGCUGGCGGAGUGGAGCAGCGAGAGCCGCAUGUCAGCGAACCACUGCACCGCCGUGUGCGUUUGUGUCACCUGAGGAUUUCCACCAGGAUAUAAAAAAAAAACAAAAAAAACUCGUCGGCGUGCCGAGAUCGAAGAUUCCAGUGCUGGAAGUGAGAGGUUAAACAAGACUACUUUGACUUGAACACGGAGAUUGUCAUCGCCUGUCAAGACUUGGAGCUGAACACGUCGGAUUGGAGAAGCUGAGGACAAAUCCAUCUAG